AUGGUAAAGAAAGAAAAGAGUUUUAAGGAGUAUUUGGCUAAAAUAGAGGAUCCUAAAUAUCAAGGAGGCUCAUGGGAUUUGCCCGAAAAUGCUUCACCAUUAGAAAAAAGUAAGUAUGAUCUUUGCGAGAAUAUUUUGGCUUAUAAACAAGACAAUAAAUUAACAAUAAAAAAAUUGUCUCAACAACUUAAUUUAAGUGAAGCAGAAACCGAAGAUAUUUUACAUUAUCGUAUUGGUCAUUUUACUCUCGAUCGUCUAAUGGGUCAUUUAGAGUACUUGGAAAAAACUACUAGCAAAAAAAAGGACAAUUAUGUGAAGGAGGCUCUUUAUCGUCAUUUAGAAGAUAUCGAAGAUUAUGAAAUUGCGGUGAAAAGUUUAAAAGGUAAUGGUAAAACUUAUACUUCAAAAGAGGCAGAAAAAAGGCUCGAAGAGUUGAGAGCCAAGCAUGCGUAA